GAAAGACAGUAUUCAUGUGGCUUCAUGUUUGGGCUGGAGGGUGGUUUCCCAGCAGCUCCGUCCACUGCGCACCGUGCGCAAUAGUCUCUGUGCCCUAUAGUGGCCACGAGUCCUCCCUUCCAGGAUGCGUUUGGGAAGUUGUGCGCUCCUCCCUGGUUCGAGUUUGGCUCAAAAAAGACACUCAACCAUGAAGAUAACAUAAGUUCUAAUGGGGAAGUCUCGCUCUCUCUGGCUGUGCUUCCCUGUCCUGAGACUUACGAGCAGCUUUUGGAGGUGCCCUCUCUCCAGAAGGAGUUUGAUCAUCGCGACCCUAUGUGCGGUCUAUCUGCUUUUUGUGGUUUCAUACGUUGGAUACUCUCAGCAGCAACGGGACAGACGGACAGACAAACACAAGUACCGACACACCCGUGGACUGGAGACCGAUGGUGCCUUCCUGGACUCUGCGGACCUGCCCACCGGUGAGAGCUCUGUGGUCCCGACCCGGUCCAACGUGGUGUACAUCACGCUCAAGUUCAAGCGCCUGAAACCUGCGAAUAUUCGGGGCACAAUCAGGCCAAAACUCAGGAGUAAGCUGAGAAAGAAUAAAUCAGCCAGUUCCGCUUUUACGCAAGACAAACUUGGCGCUUUGGAGCGAGACGCGGGGCAGAUUAACCGCCACUUUGCACCCAAGACUCCCUGGAAAGAAACCAGGGAUGUGGACUAUAAAUCUUUAGAUGUAAUCCACAGCUCUCACAGAGAUGAGAUGGCUAACACCAGCUCCAUACGAAUCUACAGCCAGCGCGCACCGCAGUGGUUCAGCGCUCAGGACGUGGGAGCCAUGCGCUUCCUUGCGGAUGCCAAAGUUUUGCGCAUCAGAGAAGUUUCUCGCCGGGAGUCUCCAUCGCCGCUCCUGGUGUUUGAGGGGGAGACCAGGACCAGAGGAAACCACACCACAGCACGGGGCGGUGUGUGCGUGGGGCGGUGUGGAGUCAUCACCAGCCCCCUGGACACCACUGAGGUCUUUGCUUUCCAUCUGGACAGAGUGCUGGGGCUGAACAGGACGCUACCAGCCGUGGGAAGAAAGUUCAGAUUUCUACACGUCGUGAUGAGCUCAGUGACCCACAGCAGAUACUGUGCAGCCUCCAGGCAUGUGUGUGCUAACUGCAUAAAUUCCAGUGACGGCACCAGUAUGCCCACUGACGGCCGGCCAUGUCCAGUGGUGUUAUGGGACGCGUCUCUGUACCCAGAGGGCCUCGCUGCAGGCCGGGCCACUGUGAGGCUGACAUGGGGGGGCUACCAGAGAUCCCUGAAGCAAAGGUGUUGGCAGAGAAACAUCAACCCGAGGCCCGACUCCGACUGCCGCUCGAUUCAUCACUACGAGUGGAGCAAACUCGCUCUGUUUGACUUCUUGUUACAGAUUCACAACCGUCUGGACGGGAGCUGCUGCGGGUUCCGGCCCCGGCAGGAGGACGAGUGCGUGGAGCUCGGACACCGCGCCGAGUGCGGGGACCCGGAGCGCCUCCUACUGGCCAACAUCUUUCACAGGGGUCAUGACCCCAGACACCUGGUGUUCACCAACAACAAGGGCUUCUUCGACCGCAACGAGGACAACCUGGACUUCAGGCUGCUGGAGGGGAUCACUGAGCUCCCGGAGCAGGCGGUGUCGGUGCUGAGGAGCAGGAGGCUGAGGGAACGACUCCUCCAGUCUCUGUUCCUGGACCAGACGUACUGGGAGAGCCAGGGCGGCCGAACAGGCAUCGACAAGCUGAUCGACGUCAUCGAGAGGCGGGCGAAGGUCCUCCUCACCUACAUCAACGCACACGGGAUCAAAGUCGUCACAAUGAACGCGUGACGAGGUCCAACAAAAAAACGAAUUAACACUUUGAUCCUUGUGACUUUGCUUGGUCCUGAAACAAGACACUGGAGGCUUAAACAAUAACAUUAUUUAAAGUAGUCUGGAUAAAAAACAUCAAGUAAUUUAUCACAAGAGUAUGAGAGCAUACAUCAAUGUGGCCCUGAUCCUCAGGAUCAUGUACUUUUAAAUGGAAUAUUAUACAAAUCAAACAGGAUAAAGAAGUUAUUAUAAAAUAUUUCUCUAUUUAUUUAAAAAAAUGAAUUUUCUCAAUGAAGGACUUAUUAUAAAUCAUCCACUGACCUUUAAAAAGCGACAUGUACGAUUUCUUGUUCAUUACCCUAUAUUUGCAAAGCAUUCAAUUAAUCAAUGGGUGUAAGGAAACAUAUCUGACUCAUCAUUUUCAUGAGAUACUGAGAAACUCUUUAAUUUAACUUAUGUUUGAGAUUUACUUUAACUCUCACUGAAGGAAACUAAUUAGUUUUUCUCCCGUCUGCAGAGUCUUCUCUCGUUUCUCUCCCCAGAGGCCAAACGCCGUCGUCAUUCUGUAAAGAACACGCUGCUGUUAUCGCUUCUCCUCCUCCUGAGGCUUUCCAGCAACUAUCAUUCUCACCGUGUGAAAGAACGACGCGAUAAAGUAAUUGUCUGAAUGUGGCGUCGAACAUUUUACACUGAACGAUGAGUUAUUGAAUCUUUUAUAUCUUUUCUCUUAAAAAACGCCCCAAUGUGAACAUUUGUCAUGAUGAUUGGAGGAGAACCGGGACAGUGACUUUACAUUUUAAACUGAAGGACUUUAAGAACUUUUCUUUUCUCUUGUGACUUUAUUUCACUACAAAAACACUGCUUUUACCAUAACCCUUUGUUUUUUUUAUUGUAUUUAUUUAUUUUUGUACUUUUUCUUUGUAAUUAUUGAAGUUGUCAAUAAAAGUUUGUUUUGUGUCAAAACUU